GCGAGAGCUGUGAUUGACCAUGUGGUGCGCGGGGUCUUCAAGGCCGGCCCCAAAGGGCUUAGACUCUUAAAAGUCUGCCUGUCGGGAGGCGUUCCCAGAACCCCCGUGCUGGGGACCCCGGGAAGAGCGAGCACGGAUGUUCAGGGCUCCGUGGGGACCUGUUAGUGUCCAAGAUGAAUAAUAACCUGUUUGUCAGUUUGGACAGGCUUUUGUUAGAGUUUGUUUUCCAGUAUGAGCAAGACAUAAGUGCUAAAGAAGAUAUGAUUCAAAGAAUUAAUAAAUGCCUUGAAAGUAUUAAAGAAAACAAAGCAAAUGUUUCUAAGAUAUGUGAAGCUAUAAACAAAGUAGAAGAGGACAUUGCUUUUUAUUAUAAACAUAGUAAAGAAAUCAAAGACAACUGUAGUAACUGGAAGCCAACAUGUGAUGUUUUUCAUAAACAUGAAGAUUAUAUAAAAGACCAACUUACUGCUUACCAAGAAACCAAUGAGAAAGACAAAAAAAUGUAUCAUGAUUACAUAUGUCAGUAUGAAGAUGUUUUGAAACAAUACCAACUAAAAUACUCAGAAACACAUUUUUCAUGUAAAUAUUAUGAGAAGAAAAAAGAACAUGAAGAAAUUAAAAAUAGAGUGUUGGCAUGUACUGAACAACUAAAAUUGAAUGAAACUAUUCUCAUGAAAUUUCUAGUGCCUGCUCCUUUUCCAUCUCUUACUAAAUGGACAUUAUACAUAGUUAAUUUGAGAUACAAAACACAAGAUAUUCUUAAAUGUGCCAACGAUUUUACCAAGAGAUCAUUUGAAUUGGAGAAAGAAGCAGAUGAUAUAGAAAUAGAAAUUAAUUCUUUAAAUAAGCAGAUGGCAAGACGUUUUGAAAGUAAAAAAAUUUCAGAAGCUCUAGAUGAAAAGAACAAAAAUACAGAAAAGAGAAAAGAAUUUGAAGAGAGGUAUAGAAUUUUUGAAAAAGAUGAGCAAGUAUCAAACAGAAGCUCUCAAAAUAGCCAGUUGCUACUAUCAUGUGAAUCUCAGAAAUUUGCAAGACUAAUAAAUAUGAAUUCUUCAGAAGCAAGAGUUACAGAAUUAAUUGGAAAUAAUACAUUUAACCUAGAUAAAAAAGAAGAAAGUUCAGCCAACCAGUCAAAGUUUGUUAGAACUGACUCAAGACAAAAAGAAAAUGAUCCACAGAUGUUUAAUGACUCUGAUAUGGAUAAUAAUUCAAAAUCUUCACAUGUUCCAGCUGUUAAAAGUUCACGAGGUUUUAUGCAAUUCAGAUUGAAUCAACCAAAUUGCAAUCAAUGGAUUGAAAAAGAACAUAUAGAUGCUGAAUGUGGAGAUAAAGAGACAGUAAGACAAUUAAGAGAAUCAAAAUGCAGUACACAGGCCCUAUACUUAGAACACUUUGGAAAGUCAAUAGAAAAUAAUAGUGUCGAAGAGGAAAGUGCUGAGAAUUUUCCACAAACUCCUGAAACUCCUUUAUUUCUAAGAACUCCUGAAGCACUGAAGACACCUGAAUCUGUGGAGAAAAUGCAGUUUCCUAAAAGCCCCUUCUUUGAAAUAACUAAAAAUGCAACAUCUGAAGGACAGAAACAAAAGGAUUCUCCUGGAUUUUCAUUUCUUAUGAGUUAUACCUCUAGAUCACCUGGACUAAAUUUAUUUGAUUCUUCUGUAUCUGAUUCAGAAAUCUCAUCGGAUCAGUUUAAUGAACAUUACUCUGCAGUAAAUCUAAAUCCUCCAUCACAACAAGGAAUUGGAAACUUAUUUGGGAAAUCAGAAGAAGAUGCCUUCACAUUUUCUUUUUCAUCAGACUCUUCUCACACAUUUGGAGCUGGAAAAGAUGACUUUAGUUUUCCAUUUUCUUUUGAACAAGAUCAAAGCACAAUGCCUUCCACUUCCUCAAAAGAUUUUUCAUCCUCACAAAAUAAAACUCAAUUUAUGUUUUUUUGAAUUAUUUUUGAGCUAUUUAAUGCUGUUUAACUAUUUGAACUAUUUAAUAACUGUAAAAAUCUGUAUUAUCACUGAAUGCAAGAUACAGUUUUGUCAAUUAAAGUAGUAAUUGUUACUACAAUUGAAUUAUUUGAAGUUAUUUAAAUAUUGAAUAUUACAUUUUUAUUUGUGAUACUAGCUGAUCAUUAUUUACUUUGAUUUUGGCUUUGUAGGCCCUAUCAAGCAAUCUUUUUAUCUCAGAGAUGUCAAUACUUCUUCCAUAAAUUUUUUUAAUAAUAUCAAGUCUAUUUCUCCCUGGAAUUUGAAUUUUAGUCUAGUAGUACUUUAGUUAUUUUGAUAAUAACAAUAGUGCCUUCAUUCUAUCAGAAGACCUUUUAAUGAUAACUGUGCAGAAUUCAUACUUUAGCCAUUAAAAAUUUUGAAA